AUAUGGUUGGACGUUGGAUCACCAAGAUGGCUGUACGGAGACUAGCUCGUACCCUGAGCCCAUGAUUGGGGGAGGCUUCUCCGGCCCAAAGAUGGGGAACCUCACUGCAGACAACUCCUCCUCCAAUUGUACCAUUGACCACACCAUCCACCAGACGCUGGCCCCUGUGUUCUACAUCACCGUGCUGGUGGUGGGCUUCCCCGCCAAUUGCCUGUCCCUCUACUUCGGCUACCUGCAGAUCAAGGCCCGGAAUGAGCUGGGCGUGUACCUGUGCAACCUGACCGUGGCCGACCUCUUCUACAUCUGCUCGCUCCCCUUCUGGGUGCAGUACGUGCUCCAGCAUGACCACUGGGUGCACAGCGACCUGUCCUGCCAGGUGUGCGGCAUCCUGCUCUAUGAGAACAUCUACAUCAGCGUGGCCUUCCUCUGCUGCAUCUCCAUCGACCGCUACCUGGCCGUGGCCCACCCCUUCCGCUUCCACCAGUUCCGGACCCUGAAGGCGGCCGUGGGCAUCAGCGUGGCCAUCUGGGUCAAGGAGCUGCUGACCAGCAUCUUCUUCCUGAUGCACCAGGAGGUCAUGGUGGACAAGGACCUCCACCGCGUCUGCUUUGAGCACUACCCCAUCCAGGCCUGGCAGCGCCGCAUCAACUACUACCGCUUCCUGGUGGGUUUCCUCUUCCCCAUCUGCCUGCUGCUCCUCUCCUACCAGGGCAUCCUGCGGGCCGUGCGCCGCAGCCACGGGACCCAGAAGAGCCGCAAGGACCAGAUCCAGCGGCUGGUGCUCAGCACCGUGGUCAUCUUCCUGGCCUGCUUCCUGCCCUACCAUGUGCUGCUGCUGGUGCGCAGCCUUUGGGAGGCCAGCUGCGACUUCGCCAAGAGCAUCUUCAACGCCUACCACUUCUCGCUGCUCCUCACCAGCUUGAACUGUGUGGCCGACCCUGUCCUCUACUGCUUUGUCAGCGAGACCACCCACAGGGACCUGGCCCGCCUCUGUGGGGCCUGCCUGGCCUUCCUCACCUGCUCCAGGGCCAGCCGGGCCAGGGAGGCCUACCCGCUGGACGCCCCCGAGGCCUCUGAGAAGAGUGGGGCCCAGGCCGAGGACCCCGAGCUGCUGGCUAAGCUCCAUCUGGCUGCCCUCCAGGCCCCGGGUGCCCCGGGAGUGGGAGGGUCCCCCAUGGGUGGAUUGGCCUAG